AUGUCCAGUGCUCAGAGUCGCAGUGCACCAACAAGAUAUUUUGGCAUACAUUAUAAUUUACUUCGCUUUCUAGGAUUAGGAUGGUGGCACCAUCCAGAUGAGAAUGACACCAGAAACUUUCCUGGCUGGUACUUAUACUACGCUGUAAUAACUGAAUUUAUUUGGGUGGCCUGUUUUGUAGGAUUAGAGUCAAUUGAUCCUUUUAUAGGCGAAAAAGAUCUCGACCGAUUCAUGUUCAGCCUCUCAUUUGUCAUCACGCACGACCUCACCAUCAUAAAACUUUAUAUAUUUCUUUUUAAAAACGAUGAUAUUCAAGAUAUAGUGCGUACUUUAGAAAUACGACUUCAGCGAUUUUAUCAAAAUAAUGAUAAAAACCGAAAAACCAUUCGGGUGACAAAGAUUUUAACGGCUACAUUUGUUAUUUUUGGAUGGAUAACAAUAGGAAACACCAAUGUUUAUGGUAUCGUCCAGGAUCUACGGUGGAAAGCUGAAAUCGCUCUACUCAAUGACUCUGCUAUGAAGCCACCGAGAACACUUCCUCAGCCUAUAUACAUUCCAUGGAACUAUCAAGAUGAUGUAUCUUAUAUCUCUACAUUUUUACUGGAAACUAUUGGAUUGCUUUGGACGGGCCACAUUGUGAUGACUAUUGAUACGUUUAUUGGUUCUAUUAUACUGCAUAUGAGUUCACAAUUUGCUACACUCCAGGAAGCUUUAACGACUGCUUACGAUCGCACAAUUGCCCAUUUAACUGAAAACAUACAACAUAGUAGUGAAACAGUUACAAUUGACGAUCUUCCUGACUCGGAUCUAGUAAGCUAUCAAGAAAGACUAGCAAGAGCAUAUUGUACGGAAAAAGAUAUCGAAAAUGCCUUGGAAAACACGUUAAGAAAUUGCUUUCGCCAACAUCAAAUGCUAAUUAGUUGCGUGGAGAAAUUCGCGUCGACUUAUUCCUAUGGCUUUAUGACUCAACUCCUCUCAAGUAUGGCAGCAAUUUGCGUGGUAAUGGUGCAAGUUUCGAAAGAUGCAUCCAGUUUCAAGUCAAUUCGUUUGGUGACGUCACUAGCCUUCUUUGUUGCAAUGAUCAUACAGCUUGCUAUUCAAUGUUUUACUGGAAGUGAACUAACGCACCAGGCUAGUCUAGUAUCAGAUGCAGUAAUGCAGUGUAAAUGGGAGCGCAUGCCACCGCGCCUUCGUCGAAUGCUGGUAGUAACUAUGAGGAGAGCCCAGCGACCACAACACUUGACUGCGGCUGGUUUUGCUUAUAUGGACAACCGUUGCUUUCUCGCAGUAAGCUUUUCGCAAGAAUUU